AAAAAAAAUUUGUUUAUUUAUUUUGUUUAUAAAAAUUUAAUUUAAAAUUUAUUACGGCAAAGAAUGGAAACAUGCAUUAAGAUUGCGGAAGACCGCGACUUUGAGAUAUUGAAGGAAUUAAUAGAUUUUCAUGAAGGAUGGUCUUUAGACUACAACAAAGAAAACAUAAAGGUUUGGUCCAAAUCAGAUGAUGAAAGUAAAUCAAGUUGUAAAAUGUUAAAAAUGCAUACAGUAUUUCCUGAUGUUACGGCAGCAAUUUUAUUUGAUGUUCUUCAUGAUCCUGAAUAUCGAAAAGUUUGGGAUACCCAUAUGCAAGAAUCAUUUGAUAUUGGAUACUUAAAUCCGAAUAACGAUAUUGGAUAUUAUUCAAUAAAAUGUCCACCGCCUUUAAAAAACAGGGAUUUUAUUUUACAACGAUCGUGGCUUGAUAUAGGAACUGAAAUGCUAAUUUUAAAUCAUUCUGUUGAACAUAAAGAUUUUCCCCCCAAAAAAGGAUUUGUAAGAGCGACGUCAUUGUUAACGGGGUUUGUAAUUCGUCCAGAAGGCAGUGGUUGUUUUUUUGGAUAUAUUUCACAAACAGAUCCACAUGGAAAGAUUCCAUUAUGGGUAGUUAAUAAGUGCACACAAAUAUUUGGACCAAAACUAGUCAAAACUAUACAUACUGCAGCUCAAGGCUAUGUACAAUGGAAGGAAAAACAAGUAAAUCCAUGUUAUAAACCAUGGAUUUAUCCUGAACAAAUGACUGCACCAAGAAUUUCAAUUAGUGAUUGUGUUCCAGACAAAUCAGUUGAUAAAACCAAAGGAUCUCCACGACAUAAGUAAGAAACGAAUUUCUCUAACAGAAUUUAUAAAUAAUUUUUAAGUAUUAAAAGUAUUAUUUAUGCCUUAUUCUUACAACUA